AUGACCAUCUCCUGUGGCACCCAAAGCUGGAAUGUGCAGCAAGCCAUCGUCUGUCCCGCUUGUCCGCUGUUUGAAAAGGCGUUGGCUGGAGACUGGAAGAAUAUUCGACCUAUCAACACACGACCAAAGGCGACGGUGAUGUCAAUUGCGAUGACAAUAGCUGCUCCAUGCUCCUCACAAAGGACCAAUUACUCCAUGGUUUUGAUCAGACCGAUCUGCCCACUUCUUUCACGACUCCCGACACCAGUGAGCGUCUCACGAGUUCGGGUUAUCCUAAUCGUGGACUUUCCCCGGACCGUAUCAGAGAGGGCCUUUGGAUCUCACCGCAGAUGCAUAUCCUGUGUGGAAUCCAAAGGCUUUGUACCUUUGCCGCAGUCCGCUUUCAUGAGUUCGGCUCUCUUCUCUCACACCCAGACUGAGCGUUAG